AUGCGGGUAUGCAGAACAUGUGUUCUUGUGUUUGCAGUCAGGCCCUACAAGUGGGCUCACUUGGAGAACAUCGGGGAUGCCUGGGUUUACACCCCUCGAACAGGACACGCAGUUGUAAACGAGGACGGUGUCUUCUACCUGUUUGGAGGCACUGAUGGAGCUGCUCGACAGAGUGACGUCCACGCGUACAACGUGGAAACCAACCUAUGGCAAGAGAUCCGCGCCUCCGGCCGUGCCCCUCCGGCCCGCAGUGGAGCGCAGGCGGUGGUCUGGAAUGGAAAUGUGUGGUUCUUUGGAGGCUACACCAAGAAGGACGGUGACUACUUCAAUGAUGUCUACAAGUACGAGAUUGCGACCAGCAUGUGGGGCUCGGUGCACACCUUGGGCGAGGCGCCCUCCAAGCGAACAGACCAUAGCGUGGUGCUUUUCCGCGACUCCUUGCUGGUCUUUGGAGGCUUCGAUGGGCAUAACAGGUUUAAUGAUCUUCGCGAGCUACACCUCAAGGACAAGCGAUGGAGUCAGGUGAGUGUUCGCAGUCAGGUCCCGCGGAACCGCUUUGGACACACCGCCCGGGCCAGCCCAGCAGUGAUCUAUGGCCACUCCAUGUACAUUUUUGGUGGAUGGGACGGUCAUGACACAUUGCAGGAGCUCUUUGAGUACAACAUCUCAUCAAACAUGUGGAUCCAGUUGCCAAUGCGGGGAACAGCUCCAAGAGCACGUUAUCGGCACACUGCAGUGGUUUGUGGUGACGCAAUGUUCACCUUCGGGGGCGUGGACAAGACGCAGUACCGCUUUCCAGACCUGCACGAGUGCGCGAGCCGCAUCGGAGCUCGGAGGACUCGGAGCGCCGCACGACCGUACAGCUUCUCCCAUCGACAUUGGUCCAAGGUGUCCACGUUGUCUGUGCAGCCAUCUGCCCGGACGUUCCACAAAACCGUUGUCCAUGAGGGCUUCAUGUACAUCCUGGGCGGCUUCGAUGGACGACGCCUGAACGACAUGUAUCGCAUUCUGCUGCGGACCAAGUCAGAGUUGCAACGCUGUCAAAAGCAGCUAGCAGAUCAGGUGUCGAGCCCUCCGGUGCCCACUGGAGGCGGCAUGCCCAGCAGCACUGGUGCGGUGGGAGACGCGCAGGAUGCAGCUCAAACUCUGAUGCCAGAGGAUUUGUGGAUUGUGACAGAGCGUUGUGGCCUGCCUCGUGAGGUGUACACUCCUCGAACGGGACACGCAGUGGUGGUGUGGAACCACUGCUUUUACCUCAUGGGAGGCGUUGGAAUGCUGCCCUGCUUCAAAGCAACUCAGAUGACUUGGUCGGGAAUCAUCACCGGAUUGAUUUGGCUCUUUGACAGUCCAGAUUUUGGCCAACUUGCGGGACCCUUGGAGGCGCUCGUAUUGCUGACCAAGCACAAGGACACCCAGCACGAUGAGCUGCAGUGGAACAUUGCUCAUCUCGGAUCGGGCAUUGAAAAGCACAGUAAGGAUCCCCUGCAGAGGAACACCCUGCCAGCAGCCUCUACGCGACGUACUUUCGACAGACUUCCGGAGGAGCUUUCUGUGGAUGAGGGUCAACGGAAGGCUGCCAUGAAGCUGAACGAGGACGUCUGGUCGCCGCCGGCGGUGGAGCUGGGGCCGAAGCACGGCGCGCAGCUGCCGGGUGGCCUGCGCUACGCGGCGAGCUUCAUCUCCGAAGAGGAGGAGGAGGAAUUGCUGGCAGCUGUCAAUGGAAAACCCUGGCUGGAAAACUUGAUUCGAGCCCAACAGUUUUUUGGGCUGGUUUAUUACCAGACAACACAUGACGUAGUGGCGCUCCAACCUGCCGAGAAAGAGCUUCAAGAAGGGCGUCCGAUGCAGGAUUUGCCUCAGUGGCUUUUGAGUCGACUGGUGAGCACUGGCGUCUUUGGUGAGCAAGAAAUCAAUCAAGUCGCUGCUAAUCGAUACAUUGGCACCGGUGGCAUUGCCGCGCACGUGGAAGAUCCCGUGUCCUUCGGCCCCAACUUGGCGACGCUUUCCUUAUUGCAGCCGGUGCAGCUGACCCUCUCGUUGGCCUCGGAGGUGAAGAACUCCCGCGAGGCGCCCGGCGAUGGCGUGGACCAUGGGAAUUGGGUGAAGAUCCUCUUGGAGCCUCGGAGUUUGCUGGUGCUUCAGGGAGAAAGUCGCUAUGCCUACCGCCACGGCAUCCGACGUUCUCGCUUGGUUCACCUGCGUGAUGGGAGCACCUUGAAGAGAGGCACGGAGUAUUGUCGCAUCUCUCUGACCUUUAGACACUUACUGGACACGCGGCGACAGUUACCAAGCGUGUCGCCUCAGGAGGACGGUGAUGUAGCAGCGGAGAGAGCGGAUCAGGUCACCGCGAGAGACUCGCGGGGUUUGGUCGGCCUGCCAUCGGAAAAGGGGGCGAGCCGCGACACAGUUCCCGCAGAUUUGGAGUCAGUGCAGUGUAAGGCCGAAUGUGCCCGCUUGCAAGCAGAGUACCAAGAGAUGGAAGCCCAGAGAAAGAAGACUGAAGAGAAGUCUGAGGUUGGUCGUGGCAAGACUCUGCUGAUGGACCUCUUGGCCUGCCCUGUCUUUGCGGCGGGAGUCCGAUGGCGAUGUCGAGGUGAGCUUUUAGCUCGCGAUGCCCUCCUCGUGGCAACCUCGAAUCGGUUGUAUUUGGAUGGUCUUGGACGCGAGGCUCAUUUGCCAGCCUUUGAAAAUUUGCUGCGCAGCAAUCUGGAGGUGCAUGAGCUGGAUGGGCCCACCGACUACCGUGAGGCACGCUUCGUCGCCUCGCAGCGUCGACUCGUCUCAGAGGACUUUCAGGCUCAGACGCGGCAUGUGGCCAUUGCGUGGGGCCGUGUUUUGCCGGUGGAGCUCGUGGGCGGUGUGGCACGGUUUGGCUUUGAGGAGCUCUGUGGUGCCUGGGAGAAAUGGAGGAAAGAGGGAGGUGGUGAAGGAACGCCCUUGAGCUCCGAAGACUACUUGGCGCUGAUUCAGGGAGGAGAUUCAACUUUAGCCCGAUGUGCCAAGCUCUUGCUUAGCAUCUCCCCAAUCAUCGUAGAAAAACUUGUGGAGUUGCCAGCGCGCAGGUUCACGAACUUUGUGGAUGCUCUCUAUGAGCAUCAGCAUGGCAUGGAUCGUCUUUGUGGAGAACUGGAGACUGAUCAACCCGCCAUGGGCAUCGGAGGCUCCGAGCAGUCGCUUCGGUGGCAGAAGCAUGGGGAUGUGAGCUUCCAGGUGGGUGACAACUCCCCUUGCAGGCCAGAUACGUUUGCCACCGCCGAGGCGGCCGUUCCUCCCAUGUGGGCUGGGCUGUCAUGGGACGAUCUCGUUGCGAAACCCACUGGUCAAAGGCUCGUCCGUCCUUCGAUGUGGGACAGUCCCGGCAAUGCUCGAGUCACCCCAACGCGGUUUGAUCUCUCAUCGACGGUUAAGAGUUCAUGGCAAGCCCUGGUGAGUCCCAUUGAGCAGAUCAUCGAUCUGGACCGCUUCGGCGCGGCGUUGCUGGUCACCUCCGAGUGCGACGGAGCUGCGUGGCAACCUGGAGGGCCUUUCGAAGAUGGGCCCAAGUUGCUGCUCCCAGGCUCCAAGUACAGUGUCCGCAGCCGGAAGAGAUACCGGGAGCAGUCGCUCCUAGGCGUCGAGAUCAUCUCCUCGGCUUUGAUGCAAGUGGGCGUUCCGGCGGAGUCCAUCCUCCACCUGGAUUGCCAGGAUGGCUUGGAGUCACACCGUGACCCGGUGCAGGAGAUUCAAAGCUUUUGGAGCGACACCUUAAAUCCAGUGACCCGACACCGCGACGCCUUGAUCUACUACUUCGGCUUUGCCCUGGAGACGGGGCAAUGGGCACUCACCUGGACCAACCACGAGGGAUAUUCGAAGGUUUGUAUCUUGGAUCCGGACCUCAUUCUCCCACCUUGUGGCCCCGAUGAUGGCGUGCCAGGUGCUCGCCUCGUGGUGUCCGAUGCUCCGGGCACCGCGCGGAUGUGGAUGCGCCCUGCCCGGCGCUUGCGGCCGGUGGCCGCGUGGCUCGGGGAAGCGAUGCCCGGCUCCACCAGCGGUCCACCGCUCGCGCGGUGGCUGGCGGGGUAUAUGCCCGAAGUGCCCAAGGGGGUCUUAGCCUUCUUGAGUCCUCCGCCUGAAGCAGGCCUAGAGGACUUGCCAUGUCACCUGGCGCUCUUCUGGGGUCCUUCGCCACCCAGUACACCUCAACUGUCACGACACCUGCUCUGGGAGCUGACGGAGUUCGUGGGGGCCACCACGAUGAGGUAUCACCGCGCCGCGGCGACGGAAGAGAUUUUAAUCAAGGGUGGCCCUCAGAUGCUGCUGGCCAUUCUGGAAUCUCAGAUCACCAGGGGGCAAGAUGACUUGGCCUUGAAGCUGCUUUGGCUUCUGCAAGCCCUUGCAGCCGAAGCUCCUACCGAGCGUUGGGCCGAUACCAUGAAUGAAGCCUUGAGCCCCGCCAUGUCCAUCCCCGACUGGCUGGGACAUGGCUAUGAGCAGAUUGGGCAACACCCCAGCGUUUUGGCUGCGAUUCUAUCCUUUCUGGCCAGUUGUGCCUCGCAAUGUGCGACAUGUCGAGAGGAAUGCUCCAGAGCCCGUUGGCCGCAGAUCCAGCGGCUCAUCUUCUCAGCCUUCCGGAGCCUGGAGAGCGAGCAUGAUCAUGAGCACGCGCAAGCGGCCCGUGCGGGCUGCAGGAUGACCUCCCAGGUGGCGGCACAUCAUGCCUUGGACGUGAAGGAACAUGAGGAGCUGGUCUUGCAACUGCUGGGCUUCUUGGGGCAGAGCGGACCCUCCGAGCAGGAGCUCACAGAGGCGGCGGCGGAAGCGUUGCUGUACGUGACCUUCCGAUGCAAUGCCUCCAAGUUGCAAGUUCUGGAGCUGAUUCAGCAGAACAAGGACGGACCUCAGGAGGCGCUGAGCAGGAGCACCAAAUCCAGUUGCAUCGAGCGGAUCCUCAUGUUCCUUCGGAGCCUUUGUGCAGCUCAGCCCGCCUCGGCAGUGAUGGACGCCUUUCCGGAAGGAUGCCACGAGGGUGGAAUUGUGGAUGUCGUCCUUUGCCCGCAUGGUGUAGAGGUCAUCGCCACGCUGCUCCGCUUCGAGACCGACCCGGGCGUCCAGCGCUGGGGCUUGGCUGCGCUGGGCACCGUGGGCGCGGCGGACGAGCGCUUCGCGCAGCGGGCGGUGGAUGCGGGCGCGGCGCAGUCGGUGGUCUGGGCGCUGGGCGCAGAUUCGCUGUCACAGGAGGGGAUUUGGAGGGGGCGAGAAGUUGGUGGAAGUGGAGACUCAAGGCAAAAUCCCUCGAGCAAGAUGCACUUUUCUGAGCAACUGGCGCCGAGUCAUCCAAAGCACCGCGGCGACAGCGCGGUCCUUCCGGGCUUGGCGGCCUCUGCCGUGGCGCGGGCGUUGAGGGAAGACAGUUCUGAGGCGCCGCCGGUGGCCGGGGCAUGGAGCGCCCAGGCGGCCAUGUGGGGCAUGCGAAUCUUCGAGCGGAUUUGCCAGAGGCACGCCUUUGUGAUUGAACCAUAUGUAGACGUGAUCUUGGAUGCCAUGUUGGCAGAGGGCUGCCUGCAUGGCACAAUGGUGGCCGCCAGCAAUGCUGUGAGCCAUUUGGCUUCGGUCUGUCCCAAGGCACGUGAGAAGCUCCUCGGGAGGUAUGUGAGCCUCGUCAAGGAGCUCAUGGACUGGGUCCAAGUGCUUGUGGACAUUCUGGGCCCUCCGCGACCUUUGAAAAGCGACGAUCAAAUCCUGCAGGAGCAGCUGAAAAAGGAAGAAGCACAGGACAGGGAGACACCGGAGGAUGUGAAAUCCGUGUCGAAAUCUGGAUCCAAGUCCAACACUGGCACGAAAUCCAAUCCUGGCACCAAAUCUCGCACUGGCACCAAGCUGGAAGGCAGCGCUGGUGGGGGCACACCCGUCGACGGCAGCCGUAGCGGCACCAAGUCGGGGACCAAAGAGGGUGUUAUUGAUCAACUUCAGUUACGCUUUUUGCUGGCAAAAGCACCUCUUGCUGUCGGUUUGCUGAAGGAAGGUUUGGGCGACGCUCCGGAGGCCGCGUGGUGUCGCCGCGGAGAUAGCAUUGCAGGUGUCAUGUCUGCGGCGGUGGAUAGCCUACGUUUUGGCCUCGUACUGAUGCGCCUGCGCGUGACACCUAAACGAAACCUCAGCCAGGCUCGUCGAUCCAUCACUUCUCUCACCGUCCGAUCCUCCGCCUCCGAGGUGAGACGGGCUUUGCUGCGAGACGAUGAGAUGAAUAGUGAGACUUACUUGCAAGGGCACAAGAUUCGAACUGAUGAGAAUGCUCGGCAGAACGACAUCUACCGUUACGAUGUUCGCAACAAGACCUGGGCGUGCAUCGACCCGGUCACGGGCGGGCCGCCAUCGGCACGGUCCGGCUCGAAGGCGGUGGUCUGCAGAAAUAGCAUCUUUUUCUUCGGUGGCUACACCAAGAAGGAUGGGGACUACUUCAACGACCUCUUUGAAUUCAAUAUUCCAGAAGCCCAUUGGACGCGCAUCGAUUCACCCACCAAGCCAUCAGUACGAACAGAUCACUCGUGCGUGGUCUAUGAGGCCAGUCUCUAUAUCUUCGGAGGCUUCGAUGGCCGAACCCGAUUCCAGGACCUGCAUCAGUUCAACACCGAGGACAGAGAGUGGAUGCAGGUGCCUGAGACGGACAACGUCCCGGUGGGCCGUUUUGGGCACUCCGCGGUCGUGUACCAGUCCAGUAUGUUUGUCUUCGGAGGAUGGGAUGGGCAUGAUACCUUGGAUGACCUCUACGAAUUCUCGAUCACUACCAGCCAGUGGUACAACGUACCUGGGCGGGGAGAUGUACCGCCGUCCAGAUAUCGGCAUAGUGCGGUGGUGCAUGGCUGUGCGAUGUUUGUCUUCGGCGGGGUUGACAAGAGACAGGCCCGUUUUGCUGAUCUCUGUGAGUUCAGCUUUGACAACAGGCCUGUUGACGUGUGGAGAUGGUUAGAAGAUGUUAGAAGGGAGGGAAGCAGCUGUGGCACCCACCCAAAGAGAUGGAUUUGA